AUGGCGGUGGCGGCGGUGGUCACGGCGGCGGUGGUGGCGGCGGUGGCAAGCCUGCUCCUGCUCCGGCCCCGCGUCCAGCGCCAGCUCCAGCCCCGCGUCCGGCGCCAGGCCCCGCACCCGGCCCUCGCCCCGUACCUGCGCCACCAGCCGAUGCCCAACCAAGGCAUGCGCCCGAUGCCACCGGCAAUGAUCUACACGCCUGUGCGGCCCGUCGUCUUCGUGCCCAUGUACCGCCCCUACGCGUACUCGUACAUGUAUUUCCCACCGCCGUACUUUUACUACCACCCGUACUACUACCCGCUCUACAUUACGCCGACGCACUGGACGCAGUACCCGUGCUACCAGACCAACUGCCAAGCGCGCUACAACCAGUGCCUCGCCACGUACAACAACGACGGCUGCGUCUGCUACCCCGGCUUCCUCCAGUGCGUCCAGACCAACUGCUACAACGACUACACGCCCGCGUACCAGCAGUGCCAGUCGGCGAUCCCGAACGCCAACCGCUGCGUCUUGACGUGCGCGCCGCAAGCGUACCCGGACCCGGCAGUCGCGCCCGUCCAGUACAGCUUGUACUCGACCAUGUGGAUCCAAGGCGCCAACGCCACAGGCUUCCAGAACUACGCGUACGCCUUCACAGAGACACUGGCGUCGUAUUUGAGCAGCAACAGCAGUGACGGCGCAUCGAACACUACGUCGGCGACGAUCGGCAACCCGCCCGUGGUCAUGGCCAACGUGACGCUCUCCAAGACGGCCGACAUCAUCGUCAACGGCACGUCGCUGCUGCAGGUCGACGUCUUCAUCAAGCGGCCGACGUUCGAGUCGCUCAACACCACUGCCAACAAGCUCAACGCGAUCAUGGCCAACAAGACGAUGGAGCUCCAGAACGCGCUCGUCAAGGCCGGUGUGCUCUUUGAGACGACGCAGCUCUCGGUGCAGACGUCGCAGACGAGCGUCGAUACGCUCACCAAGGACGGAGGUAUUCUCGUAGCAGAUGCGUCGCAGUCCCAGUCCGAUACCAUCAGUGACGGCGUCAUGGUCAAUGCGGCUGCCACCGCGUCUCCGUGGCCGUCGGCGACGAUCAUGGUCGUCUUCCUUCUCACGGCUCACGUCCUAGGCUAG